AUGGCUUUCACAGAUGAAGCUCUCAAGGCGAAGCUAUCAACUCUCAAUGAGUCCCAAGAUAGCAUAGUGAGUGUAUCGCAAUGGAUCAUGUUCCACCGUCGACAUGCAGAUCGAAUUGCAUCUUUCUGGCUUCAACGACUCCGAGACUCCAGCGCCGCGAAACGAUUGACUCUUCUCUACCUCGUCAAUGAAAUUGUCCAAAACUCACGAGCUCGACGAAAGGAUGACUUUCCUAACGCCUUCUCCCCCAUCAUGGCCGAAGCUGUGCAGACAGCAUACCGAAGCUCCACCACAGAGAUUCAGCAGAAGAUUCGACGACUGAUUGAAGUAUGGCGAUCACGUAACGUCUUCGAAGUUCCAAUUCAAGAUGCGAUUGAAGCAAGAUUGGAUGAAAUCGAUAAGACGAGACCAGCGGGGAAGAAGUCAUUGAUGGGUGGCUCGCUCUUCGGCUCUUCUAGCGGUACUGGUGGUCUUCCUAAGGAGUUGGAAAGCCUAGCUCCCCUCCAAGUUGCAGUAUCAAAAGCAAAUCUGUCAACCACAUCCACAUUAAACACGGCAAAUACAGAAUACGAUAAACUAAACGAUCCAGACGCACAACUCCCCUCCCCACCACUCCACGCAGCACGCCUAAGCGCCCUUUUGAAAAGCUUAGCCGUAGCCGAAUCAUCCGUCGCAGAGAGCGUGAAGGCCCGCAAAGCCCUCAUUACCGAGCUCGAGAACAUCCUAGAAACGAACCGUACCUCCCUCAACAAAGACGAAACCACUCUCACAGAUCUCCAAACGCGUAAAGCCGAAACAGAGACCAAACGUCGUGACGUCGAAGACAACAUACGACGCACCGCAAACGCCGAAUCCGACACCAUGUACCACCAUGGCAAUGGUGAACGAUCCGACAACUUCGCUCCGGGGAUGGACAAGGAGAUGGAUAGACCAGAAUACGAAGCCUUGACACCGCCGCCAAUCGAGGCAUUCACACCACCAGGUGGCUCCCCUAGAAUGGAUCAGCAAGAUGCGUUUCAAUUCCAGUCACAACCGGUAGACACAGCAACAGCAGCAGCAGAACCAGAUCGUAACCCGGAUGUACAGAAUCUCCUCGCUUCGAUGUCCUCAGCUGGCGCUAGCAUCCCACCUAGAGCGAGACCAGCAGCAGCAGCGCCUGGGCAGCAUCCUGGUAUGGGCAUGGGCAUGGGCAUGGGCAUGAGUAUGAAUGGAUAUGGCGGCAGCGGUGGUGGUAACCUUUCGAAGAAGAGAAAGGUUGGGCAUCAGGGGAGUGUUGGUGCAGGGGAGCUACCGCCGGGAUUUGGGCUGGAUCUGGAUGAGGAUGUCGCAGAGAUGAUCAGGCAGGAGAGCGGCGGAGGUCUGAGUUGA